AACACAGCUCAUGUUCCUCAUUUAUCAACCGACUGUUGAGGAAAGCGUUAGUUUUUGUCACUCAAUCAUUAUAAAUAAAUAAAGUAGAGAAGUAAUAAAAAAAGAAAAACAAAAUAAACCUCAUUGUGUCUGUCGUCGAAGAUCGAUUAUCUUUAAGAACGCUUGUGGUGUUUGGGGAUGAACGAAAGUCGCGCUAACGCUGAUAACUCUGAAAGUGAUUAAUUAUUACGUAGAAUUAUAAAAAAAAAAACGUAUAAAACUAAUAUGGUUUUAAAAACAAUUUGGUUGAUUUUAAGUGUCACCGCUCUAAUAGGAUCUGAUGUUUACGUACGUGCCCAGGAGGAGACUGACAUUGACUAUGACAGUCCAAAUUCCAUUGAUGAUCAUAAUAUUAAAGCCACUGAAAAUCGUUUAGCUGCUCAGCUGUAUGCAGUUUUGGAACAUUACAAACAAGAAGACCCCCUAGGUUUUCCUGGCGCUCCUAUACCUGAUCCCAUGGAUGUACCAGAUAUGAAGAAAAGUCUUGGCAUGGCCACCCUAACAAUGAUGAAAGUUAAGGCUUAUGGUUUAUCGAAAUUUCGUAUUGCCAGCAUUAAUGCCGAUUUGAAAGCUAUGAAGGUCGAAGCUGGCAUUGAACUGGAUACGAUGGUAACCAAGGGCAUGUAUACUCUUAGCUCCUUUAUCUCUAAAGCUAAUGGACCGUUUACUGUCAUCUUAAAGAAGGUUUAUGUUAAGGCUACAGCAUCGCUGCAAGUCCAACGUGAUGGUCAUUUAACCACCGAACGCAUAAAAAUGGAUAUAACUUUCAAAGACAUGUCAAUGGAUUUCCAAAAUCUAGGAUUCUUAGGUACUGUUUUCCAGGGUAUAGUAAACUCUGCUCCCAAUCUGGUAUUUGAUGCCAUGAAACCUUUUAUGCUGCAGGAGGCCGAUAAGAAGUUGCGCGAAGAAAUCAAUAAUAAUAUUGUCAAAUUAAUGGGUGAUAAAUUGUUGCCUAAUUCCAUAACACCUCUAGAUAUGGCCAUUGCCGAGGGUCGCAAAAAGGUGCGUGAAAUGGGUUACGAUCCCUACCGUAUGCCCGACUACAAUCGUACGGUGGGUGUGUUUAGCAUGCAACUUUCAAACACUUGGAUUAAUGGUAUUUCCUCGUUUUAUCGUGUGGGUGAUGUUGUGGUUUCUAUGGAAAAUAACACCGUUACCCUUAAUGUUAAAGUUGGCACCCAACAAAUAGCUGGUGCCGGUCAAUGGGAAGUGGGCUGUGGUCUAGUGUCACGUGUGGGACAUGUUCAGUUCACUGUUCAACAUAUACGUAUAACUGUUAGUGUUAGCCAAGCUUUAGAUACACGCAAGAGGCCGGUUAUCAAUGAUUUACAAAUUGAUUUGGGUAAUAUACAAGUUCGUUGUGAUGGUGCCGGUACUUUGGAUUAUAUUAUGGAAUUUGUGGUCAAUGUUCUACCAAAUCUUUUGCGUUAUCAAAUUAUGGACGCUUUGGAGAAUCCUAUUAAAAUGCGUAUACAAGAAAAAUUCAAUACCAUCGAUGUGGAACAGGCUAUUAAGGAUAACAUUGAUAAAUUCCAAGCUGAUGGCAAAAUGUCCUUUGAUUUUAAAAUAUAAUUUUGACUUUAAAAAAUGGAAAUACUAUGUAUGUGGGAACACUUAUUUAACUUUUAAUGGAAACUUUGUAACGUUUCAUAUAUCUAUCCAAGAUAGAUUAAUAAAUAAAGCCUGAUUUAUUUAAUAAAAA